AUGAAUUCCAGAUCAAAUUCCAUAACAGGCGGAAAUUCCUUGCCAAGCGACUAUCUAGCAGACCAUCAUCUAGAACAGACGCCAGAUGGGCAGUAUAUCCGCUGGCACCGUGAUAAUCCGCUUCAUCCCAGGAAUUGGUCUAUAUUACGGAAAUGCUUUGACACGGGACUCAUCUUACUGCUAGACUUUUUCCUGACAGCUUGUAGCACUGCUGGUGCAUCGGCAGCCUCAGAGGCGAAGCAUGAAUAUGGGAUUGGAUCCGAGUUAUCCAUCUUUUGCUUUGUAACAUUAUUCCUGCUUGGUCAGGUCGUAGGGACAGUCGUCUUACCCCCAUGGUCUGAAAGCUUUGGUCGCAGGAGACUCUAUCUCAUUAGCAGUACUUUGAGUUCAGUCUGCUGUGUGGUAGUAGGCGUUCCUCACUCCCUUGCUGCAGUGAUAAUUGGUCGUGUGGGGACUGGGAUGCUGGCUUCCAUCCCCUAUACUGUUGGUGGAGGUAGUGUCGAAGAUAUGUGGUCUUCGCGACCACGGAUCUGGGUGAUGUUCCUGUGGACUAUUGCAUCCAACCUGGGCUUAAAUAUUGGACCUAUCAUUGGCACGUACGUUAGUACCUUGUUGAAUUGGAGGUGGCUCUUUUAUAUCUAUGCGAUGAUCAUCGGGGUUCUAAGUGUCCUGUUCAUCUUCAUCCGCGAAUCUCGACCAUCUCUGUUGCUAACACGAGAAGUGGCUAAGCUUUCUCGUACCACCGGAAAGGAUCUCCAAGCAUUAAAUCAUGAUCACCACCCUGACCUUCGCACCUUUCUCAAGGUGGCUCUAUUCCGACCCGCUAUUCUCUUCUGCCGAGAGCCAUUGGUGUUCAUCAUAGCCAUGAUGAUUGCCUUCGCUUUUUCUCUUCUCUACAUGUUUACCGAAGCGCUACAGCCGAUUUACGAAGCAAUGGGGUUCUCUCGAACACAAUCCUCCCUCGCCUUUCUUGCCUGUGCCUGCGGCAUUUGGUUCAGCGCUCUUACACGACUACUUGAUAAUCGGGUCUUCGAUACUCGCCAGCGCAAGAACCUUCCUGUCCGGCCUGAAGAUAAAUUGUUAGGCCUUGCGAUCGGUGCUCCAGUGCUGGCGGUGGGUUUAUGGUGGUUCGCCUGGACCAUUCCACCAAAGAUAUCGAAUAUACACUGGAUUGUGCCCUCGAUUCCUCUCGCAAUGAUGGGUUACGCGUUGAAUGAAUUCGAUACCGUGCUGUAUUCCUACUUGAGUGACUGCUACCUGAGCUACUCGGCCAGUGCUAUGGCCGCCGUGGCUUUUCUCCGAGCCCUACUGUCCGGGGUGUUUCCAUUGUUCACUAAGCAAAUGUUUGAUGGCCUCACGGCCAAUGUGGCCGUGUCACUCCUUGCCGCUCUAGCAACUGUGUUCUGUAUAGUCCCUCCACUGUUUAUAUUCUAUGGUGACCGGAUCCGAGAUCGAAGUCCGUUUGCUAAACAUAGUGUAUUGAUAGCGGCGGAGCUGGGAAAUAAGGAGGAGGAUUAUUGA